AUGAACACGGUACGGGUAUUGGUCUCGUGUGCUGCAAACUUUGGGUGGAAAUUGCACCAGUUAGAUGUCAAGAAUGCCUUCUUACAUGGUGACUUGAAAGAAGAGGUAUACAUGGAGAUACCGCCAGGUUUUGGCACAGAACAGACUACGGGGAAGGUAUGCAGGCUGAAGAAAUCCUUGUAUGGUCUGAAGCAAUCGCCGAGGGCAUGGUUUGAUAGGUUCAGACGAGCUGUUUGGAAUAUGGGGUAUGGCCAAUGUAAUGGUGACCACACGGUGUUUUAUAGACACACUAAUAAGAAGAUCACCAUUGUUGCAGUGUAUGUUGAUGAUAUCAUCAUCACUGGAGAUGAUGAGGAGGAAAUAAAGAGAGUGAAGGGGUGUCUGAGCAAGGAGUUUGAGGUAAAAGACUUAGGAAAUCUAAAGUACUUCCUUGGCAUAGAAGUGGCCCGGACAGAGAAGGGAAUAUCUUUGUGCGAACGAAAAUACACCUUGGAUCUUUUGAGUGACAUGGGCAUGAUGGGAUGUCGUGCAGCCCCUACUCCAAUUGAACAAAAUCAUCAAGUAACAGCACAAUCAGGUGAGCUAGUGAAUAAGGAAGAUUAUCAGAAGCUGGUUGGGAGGUUGUUGUACUUGUGUCAUACUAGGCCUGACAUUACGUAUGCCGUGGGGGUGGUGAGCAGAUACAUGCAUGAAUCAAGGAGAGGGCAUCUUGAUAUUGUUCACAGAAUCCUGAGAUACUUGAAGGGGACUCCGGGUAAAGGGUUGUGGUUUGCGAAGAGUGGACAUCUUGAAGUGGAUGGCUAUAGUGACUCUGAUUGGGCUAGCUGUCAAGAUGAUAGACGAUCAACUUCAGGUUACUGUGUGUUUGUGGGAGGAAAUUUGGUGUCAUGGAGAAGCAAGAAACAGAAUGUUGUGUCUAGAUCAACAGCAGAAGCUGAAUAUAGAGCAUUAUCUCAAGGGUUGUGUGAUAUGCUCUGGGUGAAGCACCUACUAUGCGAGUUGAAACUCUUGAGGAAGGGACCCUUAAGGGUGUGGUGUGACAAUCAGUCAGCUAUAGCCAUUGCUAAUAACCCAGUUCAACAUGAUAGGACGAAGCAUGUGGAAAUUGAUCGCUUCUUCAUUAAAGAGAAACUUGAUGCUGGGAUCAUCAGCCUUACUCAUGUCAGCUCUGGGCAGCAGUUUGCAGAUUGCUUGACAAAGGGACUGGGAACAAAGGACUGUAACUUGGCGUGUGACAAGAUGGGAGUGUUGAACCGGUAUGGGCCCUAGCCCAUCAAGAUCUGUCUCUUGGGCCCAAGCCCAUGAGAGGUGCUGACCUAGAAGAGGAGCCCCUCUUCCCCCUGCCCCUGGGAGAGCCGCCAGACACAAGAGGAACGACUCUGAGGUCACAAGACACCACCGGCCCUCCUCUCUGUAGGUACUCCCCCUCUCAUCUCAACAGAAUCAAUAAACCUUCUCUCUGGACCCAUAUAUUCACUAUAUCUUCGAGAGAGCCAUGACAAUGAAGUUGAGUGACUCAGAAUACUCCACAAUCCUC